AUGAGCCUUGGACAAAUUAUCUCGGAUUUCAAACCUCCAAAGCCCAAAUUUACAGAGAACAACGUUCCAGAUCUCUCUGGAAAGAGCAUUGACAAGGUCUAUCUUAUUACUGGUGCUACAGGCGGUGUCGGCUGGGAAUUGGCAAAGCUGCUGUUUAAAAAGAAUGGCAGAGUGUACAUUCUAGGCCGAUCCCGAGCGUCUGCUCAGGGAAAGAUAGACGCAGUCAAGAAGCCGAACUCUGAACAUGUACCCAAAGGCGACCUUGUGUUUCUUUACGCAGAUCUUUCCGACCUAUCGACAAUAAAGCCAGCCGUUGCUGAAUUCAUGGAGAUGGAGACCACUCUUCACAGCGUCUGGUACAAUGCAGGAGUUAUGAAUCCCCCCCGCGGGUUACCGAGCGGCAGUGUCCGUACAAUAUGGGUCGGCAGUGAUAGCCACAGCUUCUUUAGCCCAAAGCCAGAUGGAAUUAACUGGAGCGAUAUCAGCUAUGAAAAGGAACAUGCUUCGAGCAUGGUGAAGUACGGGCAGAGCAAAGCAGGGUGUUCAAUCUUGGCGCUUGAGAAUGCGGCCCGGCUGGCGAAAGAUAAAAUAAUCAGUGUGGUAAGAAACAAAGUCACGAAUGUCGAGGACAAUGCUUACUUAAACAAGUCGGUCAAUCCUGGUCACCUGAAGAGCGACCUUAAUCGGCAUGCACGGACAGGAGCGAGCAAAUAUCUUUCGUUCUUGCUAUACCCGCCGUAUUAUGGAGCCAUAACAGAGCUCGCUGCGGGCUUUUCGCCUAAGGUUUCUUUUGCAAAUAAUGGCGCUUAUCUCAUACCAUGGGGCCGCAUAGGGAAGUUGAACUCAAGCGUGGGGCAGGGUUGGGCGGAGCGUGGUUCCGGAACGAGGCUGUGGGAUGUUUUAGAAAAAGAAGUGGAAACAUUCCUAUAG